AUGCCGCCCCACGACCCUGCGCGGGAGACGGCGUGGUUGGACGGCCUGCGCGGCAUGGCCGCCUUCCUGGUCAUGUCCUACCAUUUCAACCUCAACUGGUUCUUCCCGGCCCUCGUCGAAGAGCCCUGGGGCGCCAACAUGGCCGACCACGGCUGGGACCUCUGGCGGAUGCCCUUCCUGCGUCUCUGGAUGUGCUCGGGGCACACCCAGGUCAGCAUCUUCUUCGUGCUGUCCGGCUUCGUGCUGUCCUGGUCCCCGUUGAACUCGAUCCGCAAUAAGAAUUACGAUAAGUUAUACAAGGGCCUGGGGUCGUCGGCCUUCCGGCGUUGGAUCCGUCUCUACCUGCCCACGGUGCCCAUCGCCUUCUGGGAGUGCCUGGAGCUGUACUUCGGAUACCGGGAGAUCGGCAGCAAGCAGCGCGAGUCCAACUUCUUCCUGCAGCUGUGGGACUUCAUCAAAUCGUGCGAGCAGUACGCCAACCCGCUCGACUUCAACCGGAACCAAUGGUCCUCGCUGCACCCGUACGACUGGACCAUGUGGACCAUCCCGUACGAGUUCGCCGGCUCGCUCCUGGUCUUCUUCAUCCUGCUCGCCGUGGGCCGCAUCCACAACUACGGCCGCCGCACCAUCGCCAUCAGCAUCAUCGUCGCCUACUGCGCCGCGCGCGCCGAGUGGAGCUUCUGGCUGUUCAGCAACGGGAUCCUCAUCGCGGACUACGUGCGCGAGCACGGCGGCUUCCACAAGCUCUCCGAGAAGCAGACCACCACCUCCCUCAUCGGCUGGUCGACCUUACUCGUCGUCGCGCUCUGGAUCGGCGGCGUCCCCGCGCCCUUCACCUCGCUCUACACCCGCCCGGGCUACGACUGGCUCGACAGCAUCACGCCCAAGAACUGGAUGGAGGUCGAGGGCGGCGGCCGGCUGUGGUGGAACAUCGCCGGCAUCCUCAUCAUCUUCAGCUGCUGCCACCUGUCCGGGGUGCGGCGGGUGUUUGAGCACGGCGCGGUGCGCUACCUCGGCCGUAUCAGCUACAUGAUGUACCUGACCCACCGCAUCGUGCUGGAGCCCGCGCUGCGGCCGUUCCGCGACUGGGUGAUCCCGCUCUUCGGCCGCGACGGCUACAUCGACCUGCCGGGCGACAACGGCUCGCCCUACCACUGGCUGGUGACCGUCGCGCUGUACCUCACGCUGUGGGCCGUGAUCGGCCCGACGGCCAUCCUGACCGCGCACUGGUGCGAGCGCCUGUUCGACGCCCCCAGCGUGAAGUUCGCCAAGUGGGUCGACGACCGCUUCAUGACCGGCCUGACCAAGCGCGACGACUCCCAGGCCGCCCGCGACGCCCCCGGCCUGCCCACCCACCACGACGACGUCCGACGCCGGGACGCCGGCGCCCCCGCCCCUGCCCCCUACCGCGACGAAGACCCGCGGGCUCACGCGGACGGAGGCCCCGUGGAGGAGGAGCACAAGGAGCACGUCGAGCUGGCGGACCUGACGCCGCGCGCGGAGGACGAGGCGCCGGCGCCGCAGCAGCAGCAGCAAGAGCGGUCGCUGGUAUGA